AUGGCCUUCGAUUACGGCGUGGCUAUUGGCUUGGAGGCGAGGGGCGUGUGGCGUGAGUGGCUGGGGGAAGCGGAUCACGCGCUGCUUGCGCCGUGGCUGCGCGACCCAGGCACAUGGGCGGAGUUCGCCGCUGGCGCGGGCGCGGAUGUCUCCCCCGCCAUGCUCCGCGUGCAGCUGCGCGCGCGCUCGCUACUGCUGGGCCGCGCCGUGGGGGAGGCGUGCGGAAAGGCGCAGGGGGAGGCUUGGGGGGAGACGGCGGAGGGCGGGUUGGCGCGUAUGGACGAUGACGUGUACGCAUCAGUAGAUGAUGACGUGUACCCGUGCCUGGAUGAUGACGUGGACGAAUGGCAUGCCAUGCUGUCGGCCGCCCAGCCGUCCGCCCACUGCAUGGCUGUGCUGCGCGCCAUCCGCCACCAGGAGGGCCCUCUCAGCGCUGCCAUCAUCCGCAGGGUGGGUUUGGGCGCACCUCACACCGCAUCCCAGGACGCUGACCCGCCCCCCCCCUCUUCCCCCGCCUUCCCCUCUCUCGGGGGAGAGGGGGAAGCAUAG